UCUUGCUAAUGUGUAAAUUUGGUGUUUUCAGGUAAGGCAGGAAGCUGAGGAAGCAGAGAGAAAGAAAAGAGAAGCAGAGGAGGCAGAGCAAAGAGCAAAACAGGAGGUAGAAAAGAAGGAAAGAGAGGUGCUGAAGAAAGCAUUCAAAAAAGAGAGGAAGAUGCUGCGGACUCUCUGUAAGGACAACAGUUACUUUGCAUCAGAGGAGGGGUGAGCGAGUGCAGACCAUGACAGAUGUGGAGCUGCUGUGUGAGGCACUGGAGCUGACCCGCCUGGAGGAACUCAACAAGGAACUAGCACAAGUGGCCCAGGACAAGAUGCAAGGGUGGGAGGUACUCAUGAAGGAGGUGAGUGAGGUGCGCAACAGGAUCAAAAAGGAGAGGGAGGAGGUGGCAGCAGCGGCAGCAAGGGGAGGGGGUGGAGGAGGAGGGGAAGGUUCAUCACUCAAAGUCUGGAAUCAAGAUGACCUCCAGCUGCUCAUCAAAGCCGUCAACCUCUUCCCUGCCCGGCACAACAAAGAGGUGGGAGGUUGUGGCAGAGUAUAUCAACCAACACACAGCCACCAGCAUCACCAGGCUGGCCAAGGAGGUGCUCAAUAAGGCCAAGGAGCUGCAACACUCAGACAAGCACAUGAGGGAGGCAGCCAACAAGAAUGCCUACCACAGCAUGGAGAAGGCACAGGCUCGGCAGGUGAUCAGCGACACCACAGCCUCCCAGAGAUAUGACACACCACAGGAGAUGCUGGGGAUGAACACUGCUGCUUGGGGAGCUGAGGAACAGAGGUUGCUGGAGCAAGCCCUCAAGACCUAUCCAGUCUCUACUCCUGACCGCUGGGACCGCAUUGCCAAGAGCUUGUUGAGAUGGUGAAGGCAAAGAAGGCGGCUCAGGCUGCUGCAGUGGGAAAAAAGUGAGGAGCCAAACCCUGCUGUCUUCUUUCCUUUGUGAGUUCAGAUGUAGCAAAUUCUUGUAGCUGUUGUGUGAAGCAAUAUUGCUAUCUGAAAAUCUAUCUCUUGUUCUAUUUUUAAGCAUUAUGUCUCAGCAGUGCCACUUUUGGACUACCUGAAUUGGAGGGGCAGCUACAUAUAUUGAUGGGGACACAAAAGUGUAGCUAGGGAUCUGUUUCUUUCCCCUCCACUUCUCCCUUUCUCUCCUUUAUAACCUCAUCCCCCAACUCUUCCAUCUCUUCCAUCACACUUCACUUCCACUGCUUCCAAUAAGUUGUCAUGCAAAAAGCAAAAUUAACACUUGGAAAAGUAUUUUUAAGUGCUAUGGGAAAACUGCUAAUAUUGAAAAUUAAUGUUGAUAAGUGCAGAAUUCUAUACAUUGCAGAAAGCAGAUGCAAAACAGCAUGUGCUUUUCCUUAUCAUCAUAGUGUAGCUCUGGAGGACAGAAGGGCAAUCUCCAUUAAUAUGGCAGUAGCCACAAGGAAGCCACUUCCUGAAGAAUGAAUGGAUCUGUGGCAGUUGUAUAAAAAAUUACAAGACGUGUGAAAAAGUGUGCGGUGAUUGU